UUCAUUAUGCGGAAGUUGUAGUUCACUGUCACUGCUGCCAGUUUCGGCCGUUUAGGUACAGCUGCUGCGUCGCUCCGUCCCUGAAGCAGAGGUUGCAGACAUGUCCUUGUCGUUUGAAGGAAGAGUGGUGCUCGUCACUGGCGCAGGAGGAGGUCUUGGCAAAGAAUAUGCACUGGCCUUCGCUUCAAGAGGAGCCUCCGUAGUUGUGAACGACCUUGGGGUAGACACAAAAGGGGGUGGAAGAAGUUCUGCAGCUGCUGAUAAGGUGGUGGAGGAGAUAAGAGCAAAGGGAGGCAAAGCUGUGGCAAACUAUGAUUCUGUUGAAGACGGAGAGAAGCUGAUCCAAAGUGCCCUUGAUGCUUUUGGAAGAAUUGAUAUUGUUGUAAACAAUGCUGGAAUACUCCGUGACCGUUCAUUUGCCAGGACCAGUGAUCUGGAUUGGGACCUUAUUCAUAGAAUUCACUUGAGAGGAUCGUUCUUGGUAACUCGGGCUGCUUGGAACCACAUGAAAAAUCAAAAAUUUGGCAGAAUCAUCAUGACUGCGUCAGCUGCGGGCAUUUAUGGUAACUUCGGCCAGGCCAACUACAGUGCUGCCAAGCUAGGCCUGCUGGGGCUGGCUAACACUUUGGCCAUCGAGGGGCACAAGUACAACAUCCACUGCAACACGAUUGCUCCCGUCGCUGGGUCCCGUCUCACAGAGACCGUCAUGCCGCCAGAUCUUGUGGCAUCUCUGAAGCCUGAGUAUGUUGCUCCUUUGGUGCUCUGGCUCUGUCAUGAACAAUGUAAAGAAAAUGGAGGACUGUUUGAGGUUGGUGCAGGCUGGAUUGGUAAAUUACGUUGGGAGCGCACUCAGGGCCGCACUGUGAGACAGAGAAACAAACCCAUGACUCCUGAGGGGCCGGCCAGGGACGCUAUCUGUGAUUUUGAAAAUGCCACCAAGCCGGCUAACGUACAAGAGUCUUUGCAUUCAGUUGUGAGCGUGCUGUCCCAAGUGGAGUCGGAUGGAGAUGUUGGUGCAAAUCCAACAGCAGCUGCAGCCUCCGGAGCGUCUGGAUCCGGGAUUAAUCCUGCCGAAGCUGUGGGACAAAAACUGCCAACGAGCUCAUUCAGCUUCACCCCGACCCAGUGUAUUCUCUACGCACUGGGAGUCGGCAUGUCCACCAAGGAUCCAGACAAUCUUAGGUUCCUGUACGAAGGGCAUCAAGACUUCAGCUGCCUUCCCACAUUCGGGGUCAUCCCCUCGCAGGCAGCCACGAUGGGCGGCGGCCUCAGCUCGGUCCCUGGGCUCAGCAUAGACUUUACUCAGGUUUUACACGGAGAGCAGUACCUGGAGCUUUACAAACCUCUGCCAACUUCAGGUACCCUUACCUCUGAGACCACCGUGGCUGACGUCCUGGACAAAGGAUCCGGAGCAGUCAUCCUCCUGGACGUGAACUCCUACAGCGGCGACGAGCUCGUGUGCUACAACCAGUUUUCAGUGUUUGUGGUUGGAGCCGGACGCUUCGGAGGAAAGAGAAGCUCAGACAAAGCUAAAGCUCCUCUGCCUCCACCCAAGCGCGCUCCAGAUGCUGUGGUGAUUGAAUCAACCACAAGAGACCAAGCCGCCUUGUACCGUCUGAGCGGAGACUGGAACCCUCUCCACAUAGACCCCAGCUUCGCCGCCAUGGGAGGCUUCAGUGCUCCCAUCCUGCACGGCUUGUGCUCGUUCGGCUUUGCGGCGAGACACGUCCUCCAGCGGUUCGCCAACAACGACCCCUCUAAGUUCAAGGCCAUAAAGGUCCGCUUCGCAAAGCCAGUGUUUCCGGGUCAGUCGCUGCAAACGGAGAUGUGGAAGGAGGGCAGCCGAAUCCACAUCCAGUGCAAAGUGAAGGAGACGGGUGACGUCGCUCUGGCUGGAGGCUACGUGGAUUUACACGGCACAUCAGAAGCUUCUCCUGAAACUCUCCCUCAGGGAGGAGGCCUUCAGAGCGAGCUGGUGUUCGCAGAGAUCGGCCGGCGCGUCACGGAGCUGGGCUCGGAGCUGGUGAAGAAAGUGAACGCCGUGUUCGGCUGGGAGAUCACCAAGGAUGGCAAGAAAGCCGCAGACUGGACCAUCGAUCUGAAGAACGGCAGCGGCUCUUUGCUGAAAGGGCCGUACGGCGGGAAGGCCGACGUGACCUUCACCGUGUCAGACGAGGACUUCAUGCAGGUGGUGACGGGGAAACUUCCUCCUCAGAAGGCGUUCUUCUCUGGCAAGCUGAAGGUUAGAGGAAACAUCAUGCUGAGUCAGAAGCUGGAGGUCAUCCUGAAGGAUUACGCCAAGCUGUGAGCUCCUCCGCCAGCCAAUCAGACGGUCGCAGAAACCUAACCACGCCGGCGCCCUCCUACUUCUCUGUCCUGAUCCCGAGUGUUUGGUGACCGUUACUUGGCUCUCUCCAGGGAAAAUUCUUGAAAAAUCACCCACUGAGACACACCGGGAAUGAAUUUAUCUCCGUUGAAAUUGAUUUUCUCUGCAGUCAGAGGGACUCCCAAAGAGUUUCGAAUAAAGAUGAAACGAGUUGAAUCCAAG